AUGGACGCUGAAUACUACCGAUUGGCGGAAAAGAUCCGCGAGCUUGCUCAGGUCCAUCAAAAGCCUCGCUUUUUAGUCUCAAUCGCAGGACCACCAGGGUCUGGUAAAACUACCACUGCUCAAAUGGUCGCCAAUCUUUUGAACCAGAGUUCAUCCUCGCAAACGGCGCUCAUUUCGCUGGAUGGAUUCCACCUACCGAGGGCAGCUCUGGACCAAUUCCCCGACCCAAUAUUGGCACAUGCCCGUCGCGGUUCACCGUGGACAUUUGAUCUGCCGCGAUUUGCAGAGUUCGCGCGUCGGCUUCAUAAUUGGGCACACAAAACACCUCUCUAUACAUCAAGAGGUUGGUCUGAUGACGAGGUACUCAAGGCGCCGACAUUCGACCAUGUAGUGAAAGACCCUAUUGAAGACGGCUUUACAAUCACACCGGAUACCCUAAUAAUAAUUCUAGAGGGAAGCUAUCUCCUUCUCGAUGAACCAGGCUGGAAAGAAAUCACAGACUUAUUCGACUAUCGAAUUUUCAUCGAAGUUGAUCUCCAAGAGGCACGAACGCGAGUAGCCAAGCGCCACGUUCAUACCGGGAUUGAACCAACAUUGGAGGAAGGAUAUCGAAGAAUGGAUGGCAAUGAUUAUUCCAAUGCCCUUCUAAUCCACGAAAAGCUGCUGUCUCCAGAUAUGACUCUGAAAAGUAUACCGUGGGGCACGAAAUAG